AUGCCGCCCUCAGAAGCACUCGUUGCGAUCGAUAUGCAUGACUCCCAUGAAGUCGAAGUCGUCGAUCCAGGAGCCGCGCCGCUUCCAAAGAGCAAAAAGCGGAAAUCGAUUGCGCCCGAAACAGAUACACCGCGAGGCGCUGCAGAUCGCUUUGAAGACGCAAGAGAGACGCCUUUCACAUUACGAAAGAAGCGUCAAGAUGGUGAGAUGAGUCCGGCGACGCCUGUUGGAAAGCGACAAGAGGUUUUUGCUGAUCUGCGCAAGAGUAAGCUGUCCUCUGCAGCGACCCAUCGGGAGGUCGAGAGUGAUGAUGCGUUCGAGACGGCUGACGAGCACGCGGCCAGUGAUGACAUUCAUGAAGCCGAUCAGGAGGGAACAGCUAGUGCCACUAUCUCGCCCGAGCUAGACAGCGCGCAUGCAAUUGAAGCCAUUCCGUCUCUUUCUGUUUCUGGCGAAAGCGACGACAGCGACGACGAAGAUGAUGCGCCCGAGGCUGUUUCCAAUAAAGUGCAGGCGGAUCAAGUGAAGGCGCAUGAAGAUGCAGUCGCUACAACCCUUAAGAGAAAAGAAGACGAGGCGAAGCGGAAACGUCAAGCGCGCAAUGCUGCUUUGAAGAAGCAGAAGGACCAGUCAAAAGCGUCGAAGCGGCCUUCUGCUCCAUCACUCCCGCAGGCAUCAAUCGAAGGACUCGAGGAAGAGGAUUCUGCAACACAGGCGACCCCAAAGAAGCAAGCGAUACCUCGUUUCCUGCCUGACGAGAUUCUCAAUGCUGCUCCAAUUGCUGUGCAGCCACCCUCAGAGCAAGUCACGUCUAUGCAAAAAGAACACAGAAGUCAAAGCCAAGCAGUUCACAAACGCUUCGACAGGGAGGUAACGCAAGUGAAGCGCGGCAAUGUCCUUGUCAAGAAGCUCGCCAAGCAACGUACAGAUCUCGCACCAAAACGUAAUGCAACAACGGCCAACACGAAGCAUCAAUGGCUCUAUGCACGGAAUGCUGACGCCAAGGGUCGUCGGCCAUUGAAGAAGCCGCUCAUGUAG